AUGUCGUUUCCUUCAGUUCAAGAAGCAGUUAUUGUGAAAGAGGCCGGUGGGCCUGACGUCCUCGAUUUCCGGACCGAUGCUCCUGUACCGACACCCAAAGAAGGACAAGUCCUGAUCAAGAACACCGUUUCCGGUGUCAAUUUCGUGGACACCUACUACCGCAGCGGAUUCUACAAGUCUGAGAAACCGGAAAUCCUGGGCCGCGAGGGAGCCGGUAUAGUGGUCGGUCUCGGUCCGAACACCAGUGGUGAGAAAUAUGGUUACAAAGUGGGCGAUCGUGUGAUGUGGCUGGGCACUGAUGGAUACGCCCAAUAUACGGCGGCCAGGGCCGAUAAAGUCAUGAGACUGCCGGAGGGUGUCUCUGAAGACGAUGCCGGAGCAUGCGCUCUACCCGGCCUCACUGCGCUCACGUUGGUCGAGGAGAGCUAUAAGGUCCAGCCAGGCGACUGGGUCCUGCUACACGCUGCAGCAGGGGGUGUGGGCGUGUUGCUGACACAGAUCCUGAAGAACCUCGGUGCGACAAUCAUCGCUACGGCAGGUGGUCCGGAGAAAGUCGCACUGGUGAAGAGCUUAGGAGCGGAUCACGUUAUCGACUACCGCAAAGAAGGUGUUGACUGGGUCUCAGAGGUCAAGACUAUAACGGGUGGACGGGGUGUCGAUGUGGUAUACGACUCCGUGGCGAAAGAUACAUGGGAAGGCAGUCUUGCGUCCGUCCGGCGGAAAGGGACCAUCAUCUGGUUCGGAAACGCGAGCGGACCGGUACCCCCGAUGACGUUACACACUAUUGCCCUCAAAUGCGUCAAGAUUGCACGCCCAACGCUUUUCGGAUAUAUCGAAACGCGCGAGGAAUACGAGUACUACUGCAACAAGCUUUUCCAAUUGAUCAGGGAGCGAAAGUUGAGACUCUUCGUUCACAAGAUCUAUCCACUGUCAGAAGUGGCACAGGCACACAUGGACCUUGUGGGCAGGAAGACGACAGGAAAGCUAUUACUUAGACCAUAG